CACGUAUAUGACUGAGGAAAGAAAAGCCUUUGAGAAACAAUUAUAUCCUCUUUAUAACUUCUAUCAUAAACACAAAGAUGCAAUUCAGCUCAAAGAUGCCAAUUUCAAAUAUCAGAAGAAGAUAUAAAUCUUCAAGGGUGAGGAUUUCAUUAAAUUCACUACUACCUAUUUCGAGGAUAUCAAGAAUCUACUCCCUGAUAAAAAGAAGGAUGCCAUUUCUAUUGCAAAAUAUCUCAAUGAAAAUCGCAUUAUUGUUAAAAUCGACAGACUUCCAGAUGACCCAAAAAAGAAGUGGCCUAGAAAGGUCAGCGACACAAAGGUUAAUGUAUAUAGUCAUAUUCAAAGGACUAAACCUUUACGAAUGAAGGCUUUUAUACCUGGAAUUUGGUUGUGAAGAGCAAAAUGAACAAUCUCAUCAUGGCUGGCAUCCUACUUGCAGUAUUUGUUGCUUUCCUCUAUCCAAUAUGGCCUUUUGCAUUUAAAUUCGGUGUCUUUAAAGUUACAUUGUACCUUCUAGUAUUUCUGGUUGCCCUCCAAGUGAUAAGAUUGAUUGUUUACAUUAUCUCACGAUUAUUGGGAUAUGCUUUUUGGAUUCUCCCAAACUUAAACAAUGACGUAACUUUUCAUAUUAAGUAACCUAGUCAUAUGGAAUCUUAGGAUCAUUCAAGCCUCUAUAUUCUAAUUACAAAUACACAGAUGGGAAGUUAGAAAUUUCUUUGAGAUUGAUUGGCAUAAUUGCAUUCAUUUUCCUGAUCUAUGUUAUUGUCCAAGAGCCUUCUUAUAUAACUGGGUUUCAGGAUGCUAGCUCGUAAACAAUAGAUGACAUUCUUGAUUGGGGCAAAGAUAAAUUGGAGGGCAAACAAGUAUGAUGAAAUACUUAAAAUAGGAACCAUUGCAUAGAAGAGCUAUUCCAGAUCUUAGUGAAUUGAUGAAACAAGCCGAGGAAGAUUUAGCAAAUCAUCAAAAAACUAACACUUAGGAGGGUUUGGACCAAUAAAAACAUAGUGAUGAUAAUCAUAAUGUUGAUCAAGAUGAUUUGAAUAACAAUCAAGAUCUACGUGAUAUGAAUAAUAAUAAUCCCUUGGACAAUGAUGUUCAAUAGAAUGAAUCAUAAACUGAUUUGUGA